AUGGCAACAUUUCUCCGCCUCCGAGGCACCCUCCAACCAAGAACUCCCUCCAUCCUCCGCCUGAAUCAGACAAUCUCCUCCUCAGUCAACCGAUCCAUCCAAAUCCAAAGCCGAACCUACGCCCAAAAGCAAGACAAAACACCACCAUCACCCAAAGACCAAUCCUCCCCUUCUCCAAACCACCCAAUCCCCUCAAACAAGGCACAACCCACCCUGCGCGAUGGGAACCAGUCACCGAUUGCAGAUGAUGAGGGCAAUUUGAAGGAUGAUUUGCCUGAGGAUGUUAAGAAGCAUAAUCAGGAGAUGGAGGAUCGUUAUGAUAAGCCUUAUAAUCAUAUGGGUGAUAAGGGGAAUCCCGAGAGUAACUUUGAGAGCAAGUGA